AUGACUAUCUGGUUCAUCACUGGCGCGUCCACCGGCCUUGGUCGCGCACUCACCGAGAUCGUCCUUGAGAAGGGCGACACUGCCAUUGCGACGGUCCGCCGCCCAGAGCUCCUGUCCGACCUCUCAGCAAAGUAUCCUGCCGGACGUCUCCUGAUCCUCAAGUUGGAUGUCAGCAAACCGCAAGAGAUUAUCGAUGCCUUUGCUGCCGCUAAGGAGAAGUUCGGCCGCAUCGACGUUGUCGUGAACAAUGCUGCACAAGGCACGUUUGGAGAAGUCGAGACCGUAGCAGAUGCAGAUGUGCGCGCGAUGUUUGAGACGAACUUCUGGGGCGCAGCAAACGUCUCUCGCGAGGCUGUAAAAUUCUUCCGCGAGGUCAACCCUGCUGGAGAAGGCGGACGGCUUCUCCAGAUCUCGUCGAUCACAGGACUGCGGGGUCAAGGAGCAAUGGCCUACUACUCAGCGAGCAAGUUCGCGCUGGAGGGAUUCAGCGAAGGCCUCGCCAGUGAGAUUGAUCCAGCCUGGAACAUCAAGAUUACGAUUGUCGAACCAGGAGGAUUUGACACGCCAGGCCUAGGAAAGGUCACAUGGGCACCCGCCCAUGUCGCAUAUAGCAAUAAGGAGCUUCCUGGAAACGUUCUCAGGGGUAUCUGGGAGCAGUUUCACCCUAAGGGUGAUGCGAGGAAAGGAAUGGAGGUUGUCUACAAGCUCGCGGCUCUGGAAAAGCCCCCUCUUCACUUCCCACUGGGAAAGGACGCUGUUGGUAUAGUGAGGUCGAAGACUCAAUCAUUGUUAGAAGACACGGAGAAGUACGAACCGUGGAACGAGGGGCUGGAGAGGAGUGGGUAGUUCUAGAUCAACAUAUCCUACCUGUACCGUUGUAUUAAUC